AUGUCUCUGAUAAAAGUCCAGAGACGCAAAUUGUUUCUCAUAGCCCUUGCUGCGGCUUUUGUCAUGGUUUGCUUCUUCACUAGUUCGUCGUCACUCGACGUGUCUAAGUUGGACUUCAACACCGUAUCUGGUCUAUUUGACCCACGACCCGAGGAACUAGACACGGACUUGCAAGAUAAGGAUGCAGCAGAUGUGAGUUCCAACAAAGCUUCCACCAAGAAGCCAUCUUCAGAGAAAGUGAAUCCGGAAAUAUACUUAGGAGACAACUCCGAAUACGAUCAGUAUGAGGAACUUCCCAAGACCAAUGCUGAAGAUCCCGAUAUGGAGGAUGAGGGGAAGGAAACAGGAAAGAAUAUGGAUGAUUCGAAUCCAGGGGCUGCCGGGGUCCCUGCCAACAUUCCAGAGCCUCGUUAUCCAGAUGUUCCAAGGCUUGCGGAACUGAAGAUCGCUAAACCUCUCCGAUUCCGUAUCUACUCACACAACAUCAAGAACGGGGAGAAAAGAGACUUGGUUCCAGGCGAAACACCAUGGGACAUGCGGAGAGUUGAUAUCGUGGGGUCCAUCAAGCUACACAUGGCGCCUAAUAUGAUUAUUGUGCUUCAGGAAGCACUUGAAUUCCAGCUUUCAUACAUUUUGGCUCAGCUUAACCUCUUCAACGAGAAUGAUGAGUCCGAAUGGAUCGCACUUGGAGGAGGGAGAAUUGAUGGUAAAUCAAAGGGUGAAUAUGUGCCUAUUAUCCUUCGUAAAAGCGAAUGGGAUAUAAUUUACACCGACACAUUUUGGCUCAAUAAUGGUGAAACAAGAACCGCUGUUGCAGGAUGGGAUGCCAAGUACCCACGGAUCUGUACUUAUGGUACACUCAAGAAUAAGGAGUCUGGUGCCUACCUAAACAUGUUCAACACACAUUUCGAUCACAAGGGAGAUACCGCAAGAAUCGAAUCAGCAAGGUUGCUCAUGAAUAAGAUGGAUUCGGUCAAUGAGUGGCCCUCAUUACUCUCAGGAGAUCUCAACUCGAAGCCAGACGACAAGACUCAUCAGCAAUUGAUCUCCGGGCUCAGGGACGUGCAUAAUCUCGCAUCCUCAUACAAUAAGUACGGACACAGAGAGUUCACUGUAACGGGAUUCCUGGGUGCUAGGUACUCGAAAGGCGAGCGUAUCGAUUACAUUUUUGCACCUUCAACCACUAGGAAAUUGAGCGAAGAUAAGUGUCCAGAUAACCUGAAGAUUUACAUUCAAUUGGAAUCAUAUUCCGUUCUUCACUCUAAAUAUGGAGGUACUUACAUGAGUGACCAUAGGCCGUUGAUGGCACAAUUCAUGCUUGGUGGAUGUAAUACAAAGAAGAGUUGA